AUGCGGAUUGAGGCGCUCGAGGACGAGCCUGACUUUCCUCGGCCGGACGUGCACGGACUCUCGUCGCUCUCUGAAGUCAUUCUCCGCAAUCUGUUUGAUGAGUACGAUGCAUCAAACACGGGCAAUCUGGAGAUGGACGAGUUCCACAACCUUUGCUAUGACAAGGGACUCUAUCUCUCAGAGCAAGAGCUUGUCAACGCUAUGGCCUUUAUGGAUGCCGACGGGUCGGGUGCGAUCGAGUUUGAAGAGUUUCGCACGUGGUGGAUGCAGGACGGCGGCAAGUUUGAGCGUCUCCAUGCCGAUAACUCGCACGCCCUCGCUGCUGCCAUCCGACUCUUCCGCGAGUUUGAUCCGAACAACACCGGCGCCAUUCCUGUCGACGAGUACCGCCAGAUGCUCAAGCACAUGCCCGACACCGUCCUUGACGUCUCCGAAGGCAUCGAUGAGGCCGACAUCCUCGCCUUGGCCAACACCGUCGAUGCCAACAACGACGGCUACAUCUCAUUCAACGAGUUUCUCGACUGGAUCAACCCGCGCCCGGUCCUCUAA